UUCAACACAACCUAAGCCUUUCUCAUUACAAAAAACAACACUUAGUUACUAACUUUCUUGACCAUCGCCAAUGGAGAGAAUAAGAGAUUUGUCGUCGAAGAAAGCGGCGGUGAUAUUCACAAAGAGCUCAUGUUGCAUGUGCCAUAGCAUCAAGACGCUAUUCUACGAACUAGGCGCUAGUCCGGCGAUUCACGAGCUCGACAAAGACCCCGAAGGCCGUGAAAUGGAGCGAGCCCUACGUGCCCUUGGUUCAUCGAACCCGGCGGUUCCAGCUGUUUUCGUUGGAGGAAGGUACAUCGGAUCAGCCAAAGACAUCAUCUCAUUCCACGUCGACGGGUCGCUCAAGCAGAUGCUUAAAGACGCUAAGGCCAUUUGGUUAUAGCGUCCGAUCAUCGUACAUGUAUGUAUAUAUCUAUAUAUGUAUAUGUAUGCACAUGUAAUUGUGUCAAUAAUCGAAGUGCUAAAAG